AUGUUCUCCAAACUCGCCACCAAAGUGGCCAUGAAGAAGGCAGGCAUCUCAAGCGACUCGUUCAACUUCUCGUGGCCAGACCUGAAUGCCGGUGCAAAGUCUGUGUUUGGAGAUGUCAGGAAUUCGGUCAGCGGCGGCGACAACGACAAGAGUGCCUGGCCGUCGUGGAUGAGCGCGAGAGCCCUCCCUCUGACCGCGCAGGCCUGGCUUACUCCCCCGCCUCCCCCAAUCCCCGUCGCCGACCCGCCCAAGGUCGGUGAGCUGACGCCGCUAGAUCGCGAUCGCCAGCUCACCUUUGGCGGCGGCAACAAGGUUUUGGUGGUCUUUCUGCGGUGUGUCGGAUGCGCCUUUGCCCGCCAGACAUUCCUCAACCUGCGAGCCCUCGCGGAUCGCUACCCGCAACUGACGUGCAUCGCCGUCUCGCACUCGUCUUCUGAGGCCACCAGGCAGUGGCUGUCCCUCCUUGGCGGCGCCCGCAGCGUGCGCAUCGUCAUCGACGAGGACCGCGCCAUCUACGCCGCUUGGGGGCUUGGGACUGGGAGCUUCUGGUACGUCAUGAACCCCUCCAGCCAGGUCGCCGGGUUCAAGGAGAAGGGCUGGCUGGGCGCUGCCGUGGCAGGUGACCUCCAGCGCACCGGCUCCCAGCCGCAGCCGCAGCUGCAGCGCCGGCCUUCAUCCGGCCCGGCGGGCGCCAACAUGCAGUCGGAUCCAGCCGCCGCCACUGCCGAGGGCCCUGCAACCACCAUCGGCAACAAGUGGCAGCAGGCAGGCGCCUGGGCUGUCGAUGGGCGGGGAAAGAUCGUCUGGGGCGGGAAAGCGCUGCGAGCUGACGACGUCAUGAAUUUGGACGCGGGCAUUAUGGCGCUGGGGCUCCUCUAG